GACAUGAAAGAAGGUCAAAACGGAUUUUGGAUGGGAUAAAAUGCGAUAUUAAGCUAUCACUUGAGGAUAAUGUAGUGAAACUAUUGCGUAUAUUUCCUGCAGCCAAGACUUUAACUCAUAAAUGGAUGAAAUAGACAGGUUUUAAUUCCGUAUUAAAUUACAAUUUAGAAGCGAAAUUCAGUGAAUGUCAGACAGGUAUCAAGAGCUCUUCUCGGCUGGGAAAACCGCAUAAUGUAGACAGGGUGAAGAGUGGAGAUUCAAGGCCAGGAAAUCCAAUCAGCUGAGCUGGCUGAACAUCAUCAGUGAAUAAGCAAAUCAUGAUGUUUGAGAGUUGGGCAGACGAUUUCAACAUGUCUAGCUUAUGUUAGCCAAGUUUUCAUGACACCAAUGUAUUGGUUUACGAGUUUGGAAUGGAGCGUAAUGCUGAGUCUUUCAUAUACAUACAAUUAUUGUUUAUGUUGAUGUCCAGUGCUACCGUUCUGUCAAGGCAAGAUUGUUCAAAGACGUUUGAUAAACCUGAUAGUAUAAAUCUAGUUCGCAAUGCAAGCCUAGAAGGGCCGUGGCAUUGUCAUUACCGAAUAAAGGCCCCAAAGCAUCAUGUUAUAGAUAUAAACAUUACCGAACUGAACGUUUUUCCACUAAGUGGGAUUUUAGAAAAACCCUGUGUAACGGAAAUCGUACCGAAAGUUGCUGACGUAUUUGGACUUGAGUUGAAAAGUGAAAGUUGCUGUAGUAGGAGAACUCCGUUUCACUUACAGUCCAGUAACAAUAAAGUGAGGAUUAUUUUUGUAGGCAACAGUCAGGAAUGUCUACUGGGCUCAUUAAUUGCAAUAUUUAAUUUUCGUAAGAAAGAUGAUUCAAAACAUAUAUGUGACCUAGGAUGUCCAUUGCUGCAUGGUACAACUUCCAAAUUUAACAACAGUAUUAUGUCAACAUCGCCCUCUACAUUACAAGAUAGCGAAACAGAUAGUAAAUUUUAUUCCAAUUUAACAGAUAAGCCAACAGUGGCUGAAGAAGAGCAACAGUUUGAUUUUAUCAUUAUCUGGAUCAUAGCACCGACUUGCUUAACACUUUUCUGCGUGGUGGCAUGUUGCGUAGUCAUGUUCAGUCGCAAUAGACACCGACGUGAUCAUCACCACCAAGUUUAUGUACCAGGACCCGUUGGAAGUCAAACACCGCCUAUAAGGCCUUUAUUGAUAUACCACGAUACUUUUUCACAAGUAGGACAACAAGAACGACUACGUGAACAAGGAAAAAUGCUACGUGGAACUAAUUCAUUAACUGAAAAUUAUCCUGCUUCCGUGAAAUUACCGGACGGAGAAGGGAAAACUCCACAGCGAAUUUUUCUAGACGUUUAUUUAGAGAAUGAACCAAGCAGCGUUCGCGCUGCACCAAAUGUGGUUGUGGGCGGAAUGCAAACAGAUUUUUUACAAUCUAGUCUCGAAAAGCAAAAAACUAGAGGGAGUCCAUCCUUUCGCUCAAAUGUGUCAGGUAGUAAUGAGCACAGAACGCCGAGCCCACGAUUAAAACAUGGACCUUUAUAUAUUGACAGUGUUACAAGGACUUCUCUUAACAUAUUGGACACGGAGGACUUGCCUCCAUAUAACAAGGCAACUGCAGGUCAAAGGUCACGUCCUGCAACAGCCAAUGCAAUACCAACCAAAGACGACAUACAAAGCAGUGCAAAAGAUAAAAGGUUGUCAGAGAAAAAAAUUAAAGAAAAACAAAGAAUUAAAGGAAAGGAAAAUGAUAAAAAGGAAAACAAUAAUUCUUAACAAUUGGAAAGAAAGUUGUGGAGUAAAACAUUUAAAUGUAGGAAGUUUGGUUGAUUUGUGACUGGUUCGUUGGUAUUUUUCGAGAUGCAGCAUCAGCAAAAUAUACAAUUCAUCUUGCAUGGACCAAAAAAGUGCUGUACAACUCCGAAUAAUCGGUCAGUAAAUAAUAUAGAUGGUGAUAGUGCUACAAUUGUGUAGCAGUUCCGAGCGACCUUGUAUUCUGUACUCUUGGAAAAUUUAAUUCUGAAAUGGAUAGACGACCUAUCAUUGAUGUAUUUAGAGCCUAUUUCACACUAUCAAAUUAACGAGAGACCUAGGUGAAUAUGAGAAAGUGGCGUAUUAUUAGCCACGGUAGAUGAUGAGGAAAUUAAUAGUGGGUAUGCUGUAGCGUGUAGAGUGAUAGCGGUAGCCUAUCAAUUAAAAACCAUGUACUAUUUUUAACAAUUCUAUUUUAUUGCAAAAUACAGGCAAGGUGGCUUGGCUCCAUACUCUUGGAAGCAUAGACAUAUCUUAAGGUCUGUUGUACUUGUUUUUAUGGUUAAGCAGAGACCAUAACCCUGCUGGAUUUAUUACAACCUCGCAGAAUAUGACACAUGAAGAUCAAGUGUAUAUUUAAUGGCCUGCCAUUAAGCGAGACUUAUUUUAUACCUUGUUUAGCAAACUUUAUUUUGAAAGAUGAUGAAGAAGGCAGAAAAAUAAUAAAAUAACAUAAGAUUUUGUUUUCUCAUUUACCAAAAUGCUUCUAGGUGGGUAAGAAAAUAAAAUAAUGUUACAUAAAAGAGGGCGCCUUUGCUUGAGAUUCGAUUUUGUAAAAAAUGCAAUGUUGCGAUGUAAACAUUUAGUAAUCUGAUUGAUAAAUACUUUAUAUUUAACUGUAAGGAAGAAAUUGGGGCAUUUCAUAGCUGCGAACAAAAAAAUUGUUUAUUUUCUGGAAUUUUCACAGCAGAAAGUGCAAAACAAGUAAAAAAUUACAUUUUAUUUUUAUUCGAAAUCAUUAAUGACAGGUGGAGAUUUAGCAAAACAAGGUAUAAAAAGAAGUCUUGCUUGCUUUUUACACACUACAUGCUUAUAUAAGCUUUGUGAAUUUUCAAGUGUUUAAAUCCAUUGAAAAUUGAUAAAAUAUUGGAUAAAAAGUAAAGGAAUGCCAUCAAAAAGUCUUUAAGAAAUAUUUAUUUAAAAAAUUUUGUCAAAUGAUUGUUGUAUGAAAUGCUACAGAUGAUUUUAACUAGUAUCAUUAGGGGGAAAAGUUGCAUAUUAAAAAACUUUGUUUGCAAAAUGAUGCAAAGUACAAGUGGCAAUUUCACUGGCUAUACUAUGGAUAGUUACUAUUAUUUGUCUUAACAGUCUAUAAUUUCCAAAAAGAUGGAUUAUUCAUUUGAUAGACCGUACUGAUACUUGUAUAGGCCCACAAAUAUCUCAAGAGCUCAAUAGUCCUUAUGUGAACACAUUUUACGGAUUUAAAUAACAAAUCUGGGCUAUUAUUGCUAUAUUAUUACUUUAUUAUUUACUUUAGCUUCUAUCUGUAAAGCCUACUAAAUCACGCAACAUAUAGCCUUAUAUUUCAUAUUUCAUUAAAUUUUAUUAUCUCGACCCUGCUACCACUAAUGUUCUCAUGAUUUAUUGCGUUAUAACGGAUAGGCUUAGACGAGGAUCAGUACGGUACUUUUAAGCCGGGCACUUACUGCGCCACCGACAAUCAGUAGACGGUGUCGCAUCGUCUAGCGUUCAUAGGGAGUGGAGUUGGAUUCGUCGGCUGAUAGUCGACAAAGCAGUGAACGCUCGGCUUUAUAUAUACUUCAACUUCCACAGACGUUGCUAUAUUGCCAUUUGCCAUAAAACUAAAGCAAUUUUGAUAAUAAUAUUGUGGACACUGAUUUGGCCAACACAAGAUAUUGAAUUAUGGUGUGAAAUGGGGUUUAGUAAAGCUAGUAUAAUUGAUAUUACGCUUUAUGGAAAUACAAUUGAUACAAAUUCUGCUGGCUUAAGUCAAAAGCAGUACAUUCAGCAAUGCAUCUACCCAGCAUGCAAUAUCGCAAUUACCCAGCAUGCAACAUAUUUCAUGUUUGAUUUCGAGGAACACUUUGCGGGUCAAAGAGAUAGGAAAAUGUUGUGGUUUCCAGCAGUUGGGCAUUGACAAAUAACAUGUUUGAAAUAUUCAACGACCAGUGUUAUUUUAUUGGGUUUUGUUUUUUAAUAAAAUUGAAAGUGUGGUAUAACAAAUUUUAUCCUUUGAGAACUCUGUAAUUUGCCAGGCUAUACCAAUUUUUCAGCCUAUUUUAUUAUGCUAAAAGUAAGCAGCAAGUACAUUUAUUUUGUAGUGCAAUGGUAGAUCAGAAUGUGAGGAGUCUCUGAUCAUAUGUUUUAGUGACAUAGCAUAACAAAACAAUAGAGGGAGUAAAACCUGACUAAUGUGUGUGAUUUUGGAGUACCUAGCAUAUUCAAAGCUGUUAAUAUUUUUAAUUUUUUUCAGCAACAUAAGGAGUAUUCUAUGAAUUCCAACACUGUGUUGUGAUGGUUUAAAAUUAUAUAAUGUUCAAGUAUCUGGUUUGUCAUAUUUACCAAAGGUAUAUAUAUUUUUUUCUAAUUUCUUUAUCUUUUAUUAUAUUUUUUUUUUUAUUUAUUCAAAUUAUUUGAAAUGAAGGGUACAAAUAUUUAACCUUGAGCCAGAACAAUUUAUGUACUCAAUAAUUGUUUCAAUACAACUCUCAUUUGGGAUGAAAAAAAGUAAGGGAAUCAUUUGUUACUUGAUAUAAUGAUAACAAUCCAGUUUCUACAUGUAUAGUAAUUUUUUUUUAGUGAUGCUCCUCUUAACUGCAAACACAUUUUGAAAUCUGUUAACAAAAACGUAGUUGACUUAAAUAUCUAUGUACUAUACUAUGCCAUUCAAAAUUGCAUCCAAUAAACAAACAGCUUUGAGCUGACAACUCUA